AUGACACAAAUUGAACAGGACACAUUUGAAAUGCAAGUGAGAGCUGCUUACAUAGUUCGUGCUGGAGAAUCCCUAAUAAAAUUGGUAUCAGAUAUAAAACAGUAUUUAAUACUUAAUGAUUUCUCUUCCGUUAAUGAAGCAAUUACUCAGAAUUCUAAGCUUUUCCGCACAAAACAACAGGAGUGUGACCAGAAAAUAAUGUCACUACGAGAUGAUAUUGCAGCUGAUUUAUAUGAUUUAGAAGAUGAAUAUUUUACAAGUAUUUUUAAGUAG